AUGGCUGCCCCUGCCCCUAGAGAAGUAUGGGAACACAUGGUUGGCGAGGAGAUUACUCCGGAAAAUAUCAACCUGAUGCUUAAUGAAAGGCCAGAAAUAAGAGAUGCAAACGUAUAUCCAAUGGACUACCCCCCAUCUCCAAUCGAUCCAGGAUGGGUACGUCUUAUUGUCUUCUACAAGUUCGACGAAAACAAUAAAAAUACCAUUUGUUGGCCGGCUCCGUAUGUUAUGUAUGGCAAUAAUGCCCAGGCUGCGGCUCUGACUAUUGGCUAG